AUGUUUUCAGAGCGCUCUCGGAGCUUGUUGGACUGGUGUUGGCACACAAGCCUUUUCAUCUUGAGAUAUUUGUUACAUACCAUCUAUUUAAUUUCGGAAUGGUAUUACUCCAACUUCUCCACGAGUGAUUGGUUCAACCACUCGACGAACCGCAAAUUCUCAAAACCAAAUUCCAAAGACUCGCCAAGAAGAGUUUGUAUCAUCGGAGCUGGAGUUUCUGGAUUGGUUCAACUCAAAACGUUAUUGACUGAUUUUUCAAAUGUACCUUUUGAGGUCAUGUGUUUUGAAAAGAGUGAUCAUGUUGGUGGAUUAUGGAGAUUUGAUGCAACCAAAAAACAUGAGCAAUUUUCUGAAUUUAUCCAUGCAGAUCGUGCUUCAAAUAUGAAAACGUCAUUCUCUCAUGAUAGAGAUUGGGAACACAUUUCUCCCAUGUAUUCAUCAUUGCAUACCAAUACGAGCAGAGAUUUAAUGGCAUUUUCUGAUUUUCCAAUGAAUGAAAAUGUCCCUGAUUUUCCUUCUAGUGAACAAGUCUAUCAAUAUUUAAAAGAUUACACUCAACAAUUUAAUCUUGAAGAACAUAUCCAAUUUAAAACGGAGGUGAUAAAAGUGUCACAACAGCCCUCACGCAAUAAUACAGUAUCCACCUGGUUUGUUACAACCAGAAACGUAGAUAGCGGAGAAGUUACUGAGAGAGAAUUUGAUGCCGUAAUUGUAGGAAAUGGAAGAAACAGCAAACCAAGAAUUCCAUCAUUUUUUCGAGAUCUUUCAUCUACAUACAAAUUUGGAAAAGUACUUCACUCGAAAUAUUACCAAGAUGAUUACGAGAUAUUUAAAGAUAAGACAGUACUAAUUGUUGGAAGCGGUUCCAGUGGAAGUGACAUUGCUUCAAGAAUAGCUCUCGUUACAGACAAGACAUUUAUUUCCGUUCACAAAGGUGCUGCACUAUUACCGAAAUUUCAUGAUGGAAAGCCAAUAGAUCACAAUCCAAUACGAAGACGAUAUUUUCAAUUUCUUCCUAAAUCAAUACAGACGCUUCUUGCCAAUUAUUUCAUCAAUAGCAAGCUGCCAACGUCGAAGCAAUUUUAUCCAUUCAACCACAACACAAAUCGAAACCAUACUGUAGGAUUAAGCUCUGAGCUAAUUAUUGAAAUUGGAUUUGGAAGAGUAAAGGUGUUACCACCAGUAACAUCAUUUACCGAGAUGGACAUUUCAUUUGAGAAUGGCAAAAAAUUGGUUCCAGAUUAUAUUGUUCUAUGCACCGGCUAUGAUUUAGAUUUCCCAUUCCUGGACAAGGAUGUUUUGAGAAUGGACCAACACUGCUCAAGGACAACCAUGCUCUAUGAGCACAUGUUCCACAUGGAUCAACCAAAUUUAAUAUUCCUAGGAUUACCUUUUACAGUUCAUCCUUUUUUAGUAUGCGAAUUGCAAGCUCGAUAUGCAGCAAUGGUUCUCUCCGGUCUCUGCUCAAUCCCUUCAAGAAAUGAAAUAAUUCUAGCAAACCAAAACAAAAUCUCACAACUGGAACAAGCAGGAAUUGACUCAGUCAAAUUUUUUCACAGAGAAUUUCAUUUAGAGUAUUGCGAUAAAAUUGCAAGACUUGGAGGAUUUUAUGCUCAUCCAUUCAAAUUUGAACACUCGCCUUAUUUUAUGGACUUGAUGUUUGGUCCAUUGUAUGGAUAUCAUUACAGAAUCGAAGGCAUUGGUCACAUGGCGUUGGAAGAAAUUGAACGUGUCAUGAAAAUGUACAAGCAAAGAAACAGCUCUUAUUGUGAAAAGACUGACAAGCAAAGAUGA